AUAACCACCUGAGCUCUCACAUUGGACCCAAACUAUACCUGUGUCAGGAAUAUGAAGAAAACCCUUAUAAAUGACUCAGUGGCCUUUGAGGAUGUUAAUGUGGAGUUCACCAUGGAGGAGUGGGCUUUCCUGGAUCUGACGUGGAAGAAACUCUACACAGAUGUGAUGCUGGAAACCUUCUGGAACCUGGCAUCAGUAGCAUGUGUUUUAGAAGAACAGUGUGACGACCAUGAUAGUGAAGAUCAAUAUGAAAAUCAUGGGAUGAAUUUUAGCAGUCAUAUGGUAGUGAGACUCUGUACAAGGAAGGAUGGUAGUCAAUGCAGCGAAAACUUCAGCCAGAUUCCAAAUCAUAACGAAAAGACAGAAACUCCUACUGAAAUGAAACAACCUAAAUCCAGGUUGUGUAGGCAAAUAUUCAUGCAUUAUUUAUCGUUGAAUAACCACCUGAGCUCUCAUAUUGGACCCAAACUUUACCUGUGUCAGGAAUAUGAAGAAAACCCUUAUAAAUGUAAGGAAACUGAGAAAGCUUUUAAGCAUCAUCAACAUAUUGGAAGCCAUGAAGGCAGCCUCAGUGGGAAAGCUUUCCAGUAUUCAACUUCCCUUAGAAAUUAUGAAAGAACACGUAUUGCUGGGAAUCCGUAUGAGUGUGUGCAAUGUGGGAAAGGCUUUAGUCGUCUCAUUGCCUUUAAACUUCACAAAAACACUCAUACCGGAGAGAAACCACAUCAAAGUAAGCAAUGUGGCAAAGCUUUCAGUUCUUCCAAGUACUCUGGAGAAAAUGAAAGAACACACACUGCAGAAAAGCACUAUCAAUGUCAGAAAUCUGGAAAAGCUUUAAGUUCCACUUCUCUUAGAAAUCAGGAAAGAACACACACUGGUGAGAAACCUUAUGAAUCUGGGAACAUCUUCAGUUGGCUCAGCUCUCUUGAAAAAUAUAAAAGAAGUUAUGCUGGAAAGAAGCCUCAUGAAUGUAAGCAAUGUGGUAAAACAUUCCGUCGCUGCUAUGCCCUUAUAAUUCAUCAAAGAAUGCAUACUGGGGAAAAACCAUAUGAAUGUAAGCUUUGUGGUAAAGUUUUCUCUUAUUCAACUUCCCUCCAAAAUCAUAAAAGAACUCAUACUGGGGAAAAACCCUAUGGUUGUAAGCAAUGUGGAAAAGCCUUCAGUUGUCCAAAGUCUUAUCGAGAGCAUCAACGGACACAAUGUGGAGAAAAGCCCUAUAAAUGUAAGCAAUGUGGGAAAGCUUUCAUAUUUUCCACUUCUCUUCGAAAUCAUGAAAGAAUGCAUACUGAGAAGAAACCCUAUAAAUGUAAGCAAUGUGGGAAAGCUUUCAUAUUUUCCACUUCUCUUCGAAAUCAUGAAAGAAUGCAUACUGAGAAGAAACCCUAUAAAUGUAAGCAAUGUGGGAAAGCUUUCAUAUUUUCCACUUCUCUUCGAAAUCAUGAAAGAAUGCAUACUGAGAAGAAACCCUAUAAAUGCUCUCUUGGAAAACAUAAAAGAAGUCAUGAUGGAAAGAAGCCUCAUGAAUGCAAGGAAUGUGGUAAAACAUUCUAUGAUCGAUAUUUCCUCCGAUUUCAUGAAAGUAUUCAUACUGGGGAAAAACGUUAUGAAUGUAAGCAUUGUGGUAAAGCUUUCUCUUAUCCAUCUUCCCUCCGAAUUCAUGAAAGGACUCAUAAUAAGGAAAAACCCUAUGCAUGUAAGCAAUGUGGGAAAGCUUUCAGAUGUUCCAAAUAUCUUAGAAAUCAUGAAAGAAUGCAUACUGGGGAGAAAUCAUAUGAAUGUAAGCAAUGUGGGAAAGCUUUCAGUACUUCCAGUUCUCUUGCAACACAUAAAAGAAAUCAUGAUGGAAAGAAGCCUCAUGAAUGUAAGGAAUGUGGUAAAACGUUCCUUUAUCCCUCUUUGCUUAGAAUUCAUGAAAGAAUGCAUACUGGGGAAAAACCCUAUGAAUGUAACCAUUGUGGUAAAGCUUUCUCUUAUCCAACUUCCCUCCAAUGUCAUGAAAGAACUCAUAAUAAGGACAUACCCUAUGAAUGUAAGCAAUGUGGGAAAGCGUUCAGUUCUCUCACCUCUCUUGGAAAACAUAAAAGAAGUCAUGACGAAAAGAACCCUCAUGAAUGUAAGGAAUGUGGUAAAACAUUCCAUGAUUUAUAUCCCCUCCGACUUCAUGAAAGUAUUCAUACUGGUGAAAAAACCUUAGAAUGUAAUCAUCGUGGUAAAGCUUUCUCUUAUCCAACUUCCCUCCAAUGUCAUGAAAGAACUCAUAAUAAGGACAUACCCUAUGAAUGUAAGCAAUGUGGGAAAGCCUUCAUUCAUUCCAGUUUCCUUGAAAUUCACCUAAAUACUCAAAGUGGAGAGAAAUCAUAAUGAAUGAAAGAAUGCCCACUGAAAAUAAGCCCUAUCCUGUAAAGAUUAUAGAAAACCCUUUGACUAUCCUAGUUCUUUUUUAAAAAUAUAUUU